UUUAGAAGUAGAGCAAAUUUGAACUACUUUAUAUCAUAUUUUGGUGGUUCAACUUAUAGCAAAACUAUUUAUAUUACAGAGUUUUCUGGCAUUUAGUAACUGCAAAUAAAACACAAUGUUUUUGCCUUUUGAAAUGUAGUGAAAAAGAAUUUCCAAAGCACCAAAAGUAAAACACAAAUAACUCAAAGCAAUACUGGAGUGGAAGUACUUCUCCUACCUCUACCGACAUGAAAUAACAAAGCACAUAACUUUUCCCACUCUAAAGUAAACUCAAGAUGUUUCAAAUCAGCUUUGAUAUGAGUGUUUGUGUUUAUCAAGCAGGAGCAGAAGGGGAGAAGAGUGUCGUGAGGCAGGGAGGCAAAAAGAGAAGGCCAUUUGGCCUCAUGUGUGAAGACCCACACACCUAUUUAACAGAGCGAUUCACCACCGUGGGCAUUUGUAGCAAACCACGGCAGAGGGAAAGGACAGGAACUUUAAGAAGAGAUUUCCUGCUCAACCGAAGGAGACAGCGAGAAUUGAAGAGGGAAAUGUUACAUUGCAGCAGGUGAAGAGGACGAAUUAAGGGACAAACACACACAGACACACACACAAGGAAAAUGCUGAGCGUGGAAAUGUACCCCAGUCUGACUCUGGGACCGCAGAGGAUCGGAGACUGCUUCUACAGAGACCGGCAGGGUCCGGCUCACAUGCCGAUGUACCCGCCUCCCGCCUGUGACGUGGCGACCAAGGCCCUGCCCCAGAGGCUUCUGGCCCCUCCCCCUGUCCCCAACGAGCCCGCUGCCAAAACCCCGAAAGAGGACGUGAGGAUGGAGCUGGAGAACGCGUCUCUAUGGAAACAGUUCAGUACAGUGGGGACGGAGAUGAUCAUCACCAAGAAGGGCAGGCGCAUGUUCCCUGGGCUGAAGUUGAAAGUCUCGGGCCUGAACCCAUCUCUCCGUUACAUCCUCCUCCUGGACAUCGUCCCGGCAGACAGCUCCCGCUACCGUUUCCAGGGCGGCGGUUGGCAGGCCGUUGGUGGUGCCGAGGCGAGGCUACCCGACCGAGUCUUCAUCCACCCGGACUCGCCGGCCACUGGGGCUCACUGGCAGAGCCGCACCAUCUCGUUUCACUAUGCCAAGCUCACCAACAACACACUGGACACACAGGGACACAUAAUUUUACACUCGCUGCAUCGCUACCAGCCCAGAAUUCAUGUGAUCGAAGCCAGAGAUGUGCUGAGGUGGGGCGGAGGUCAACACUCCUUUGUUUUCCCUGAGACCCAGUUUAUCACAGUCACCGCCUACCAGAACAACAAGAUCACGGAGCUGAAGAUCAACGCCAACCCGUUUGCAAAAGGCUUCAGAGAGGAAGGCAUGAACAGUAAAAAACAAAGAGAUGCAAGACAGAAGCGCAAAAUGUCCACACUGACAGAAACCUUGGAUAUUGUGAACUGUGAUCCAUGCGACUCUGCUGAGCUUCUGCCGCAGCCCAUAACCGCCACCCCCAACACCACAGACCUGCAGGCCCUCGCUCUGGCCUCUCUGCCCCCGCUGCCCGAUCCCACCUGUGGCUACAGACCAGAGGAGGCCUCCUAUCACGAUACGCUGGUCCCGGAGCAGCAACUCGACCUUGGCCAGGCGUUCAUGGCGUCCCAGAUGUCUGAUAUUGGCAUCUCGAUGGCCAGUGGGAUGCAGAGCACACCAGGGAGUGAGGUGGCCAAUAGUAUGAUUGAAAGAUCCGACACUAUUGGUGAACCAGCUUACACCUCCACCUUCCCCGCCGCUCAGCCUGACUCCUCCUCUUUCCCCACGGCUACCCUUUCUCAGUCCUCCCCCUUCUCCUCCCUCCCUCCUGUCCCCAACUCUUCAGAUGCAUCCAAUCCUCAGCCUCCUAUCGACUAUCCCUCCAUUCUCGCCUCCUCCCCCGCGCUCUCCUCCCCCUCUAGCACCACGCCGUCUCUGCAGCAGACCUCCUUCACCUUCCCCACUCCGCCUCCCUCUAACUCAUCCUCGCCACAGCCGCUUCUGUCCUCCUCCCCCUCUGCCAACACCUAUCACACCAUCCCGGAGGUAAUCAGCCCGCACACACCUGCGGACGCCUCUUUUUCUGCCCCGCCCUCCACCUGUCAGUCAAGUCUCCAGGGCCAGAUAUUGGCUCAGUCUCUGCUCGCCCAGCCUUGUGGGAAUAACGCACCUGGUGAUCAAAGCUCAGCAGCGUUUGUUGAUUCAAAUAUUCCUCUUGCUCCAGUUACCGCUCACCAAAACCAACCAGCUCCCAUCAUGCAUUGCUCCCUCCCCUCUCACACUGCUCCAGCAUCUUUUGCCUUCGCCUCCGUCCCCCCACACAUGCAAAAUCUGUCUUUUCCAAAUGUACCGCCCAGCUCUGCCCACCCUGCCCUGCACCUCCCGAAUCUGGGCCACCAAGCCCAGACUCCUGCCCUCGCUGCUGCCUUCCCUCACUCCUCCUUCACUCACCCAUCAUCCUCCCUUCCUCACCCUCCUUUCCAGCCCUCCUCCUGCUUGGCCUCCUCCUUCCAGCAGUCUGCGUCCUCGUUGCCACCAACAGCCCACCCUCAAAAUAUGCCCAAUCACUCCACUUCCUCCUCCACUUCCUCUUCAUACCCUCCAGUGGAAAUAGGUGCCAUCCCUCAAUUCAAUCAUAACGCCCCCUACCGCCCGGAGAUGGUGCUGCACCACCCAUCUCUUCUCCCUCAGCUGGAUCCAUCGCUUCCCUCCAAUCUUCCCACCUCCAACCCUCCCCAAUCUCUCUACCCUGCUUUCCCGUCCUAUCCUCUCCGGAUUUGUCAGGACCCUCACCCAUCCCUCUCCAUCCCCUUCAGGCAUCUGUACAGACAGCACCAGCAUGGCCACACUCACCCCCAGGGGUCCUACCUGGAUAUGAGCACAAGAGCUGUGUUUUAAAACACAGGACCGUUAUUUGUUGACAAAAUAUUUUUGGCUUGAUAGCGCUUUUAGGGGUUUUAUCAAUGUGUAGCAUUAGUUCAAGUAAACCAAUUGUACUUUGUGUGUUUGUGUUCCCAGGAAAUUAGCUGAUGAGCAGAUUUAUGAAAUUGAAGCAAAUUUGUAUAUAGUUGUGAAAGAUUUCUUUUUUCAAGUAUCCA